AUGCUACCAAAAGAGAUUGAGUUCCUGCUGACACAACAAAUCGAAGUAAAGGAGCAAAUUAGCCAUGGUAACUAUGGAACUAUCUUUGAUGUCUUCUCUAAUAAGUACAACGAAAGAUUCGCUCUUAAGAGAAUUCUCAAGGACAAGUUCAAGAUUGAGGAGAUCGAGUGCAUUAAGCACCUUGAUGAUAUAAGAGUUAUCAGAAUAUACGACUAUUUUGAGUUUGGCUCUUAUAUCUACAUUUUAAUGGAAUUUUGUAAGACAGACCUUCAGGCAGUUAUCAGAUCUAGUAAGUACAUUUCCAGGAAGGACUUACACCGCUACAUAUUCGAUAUUGUUAGCGCUGUAAAAGCUUGCCAUGAUCGAGGCAUUGCUCAUUGUGACAUCAAACCAUCCAAUUUUCUUCUUGACAAGCACGGUAGAGUAAAGAUAUCAGACUUUGGACUUUCAGAUAUCUGCUCAUUGAGCCCAAGAUCCGCUGAAUGCAAAGGAACUCCACUUUUCAUGGCUCCAGAGAUCUUAAAAGGACAGUUGUAUAAUCCAAUGAAAGCUGAUAUCUGGGCGUUAGGCCUUACAAUAUACUUCUUGGCAACAGGUACACUCCCAUUUAUCAAUAGUUCAAUUUACAAAUUAAUUGAAACUAUCUGCGAAGGUGUAUAUAGUGAUGGAAUAAUUGAUGAUCCACUUCUUAGGAUGCUUAUCUCAAGAUGCAUCGAUUGCAAUAUAUCAUCAAGGGCAACAGCUGAUGAACUACUCAAGAUGCCUUAUUUCCAACAAUUCGAGAUCAAAGCAAGGAAGUUUAUGCCUAUCACGAAGAAUAAAACCCUUAUUGGAAGCAUGAAAUCCAAUGCCAUGGAUAUUAGAAGACAUUCCAGGAUAUCUAUUCCCAAAAUCCUUGAUAUCUGCAAGCUCCCAAAGCUUUAA